GUGGUGAUGGAGCGGCUUGUGGAGCGAAAAUAGAUGGUAAAAGAUGCGGGAGGGCGAUGGGUAACUGGUUCCAUUCAGUGCGAAUGGGUUUUGGAGGUAUUCUGAGGGUUGUUGCUGAAUCUCCUCACCCACCCUCCCACUUUGAUGUCCCCUCAAGGCGCUCACCCUGGAGCUGGUGGGGGUCCCUCAGCUAGGCCGGUUAGCCCCUUUGUGUGGGCAGGGGAGGGAGGAAGGAUGGCAAGAUCAUAUUUCUUCAUUAGUCUCUAAACCAAACGUUCACCAUAUUUUGGUUCUGGAAUCCUAUCGGAUUAAAUCCUGUUCAGUUUCAAUAGAUCAAUUUUAUGUGGAUUUGGCACAUGCCAACCUUGUUUGGAGAAAUUGCCUUUUUUUAAAAAAAACUUCUAAUACCAGUUUAGAUGAAAUAAAGAACUAUGGCCUCGGCUUCUGGUAAUAAUGAUGAUGACUUAACUAUUCCAAGAGCUGCCAUCAACAAGAUUAUCAAACAGAUUCUACCAAAUGUCAGGGUAGCGAAUGAUGCCAGGGAAAUGGUGGUGAACUGCUGCACUGAAUUUAUUCAUUUGAUAUCCUCUGAAGCUAAUGAAAUUUGCAACAAAUCUGAUAAGAAAACCAUCUCACCAGAACAUAUCAUGCAAGCCUUGGAAAGUCUAGGCUUUGGAUCAUACAUAACUGAAGUAAAGGAGGUUCUGCGGGAAUGCAAGACAGUCGCCCUGGAAAGGAGGAAGGCCAGCUCUCGCUUGGAAAACCUCGGGAUACCGGAAGAAGAACUGCUACGCCAGCAGCAAGAGUUGUUUGCAAAAGCUCGACAGCAGCAGGCGGAACUGGCGCAGCAGGAGUGGCUACAGAUGCAACAAGCAGCCCAGCAGGCACAGCUUGCAGCAGCGACCGCUAACAAGGCUGGCUCCUCACAGGACGAGGAAGAGGAGGAGGACACCUAAGGUGUCGCUCGGGACAUCUCGCUCCCCUUUCUAAACUGCUCCCAUCUACUCACGUUCUGCUGCGUCCCACAAUGGCGGUGCGGGUGGUCAUCGGUUGGCAUCUGCCUUGUGUCGACGGCUGGAAACUGAAGAGUCGGUGGCAAAAUUUUAAACAGACUAACCUAAAACAAGGAAAAAAAACACGAUAUUGUGCAUUUGGACUUGCUGGAUGGCCUGAGCAGGACUGUACAUGCAUGGACUUUCAGACCAUAAAAUGGAUUUUUAUAUACUUAAGAUUUUGGUUAAUUGGAGUAAAGUGUUAAACAGAUAAAAGUUCCUGUUGAACAUAUAUUUUGUGGGUUUUAUUAAUGUGUUCGGUAAUUGAAGACUAAGUUGCCUUGUUUACAGUAAUGAUAAUAAAAGUGGAGUAGACAUUC